AUGGGGUGCUCAAGCUCGAGGGAGGUGGGCGGCGGCGUGGUUUCGCCGUCCCCGGCGCCGGUGGAGCGAAGGCAGGGCCUGCGCUCGCGCUCCCUCGGCAUGUGCCGCGGCGGGCACGACAGCGUGCACGCGUACACCGCGCUGCCGUUCGAGGAACCGGUGAAGGGUGCCCGUGAUCCGGCCGCGGCUGAGGAGGCGCUCCCCGGCGAGGGUGCGGCGACGGAAGAGAAGCGGCGGCGUGACGUGCCCAGCAUGGCGGCGGCGGUCAUGGCCAGCCUCGAGGAUGCCGCAUCGUCGUGGACGGCGCGAUGGAGCGCAGAAUCUGCGCCGUCGUCGUCGCUGCCUCCGGAACAGCUGCCUGCGCUCGACCUUGACCCGGCGGUCUUGCCUGGCUUCCGGCAGCCCGUGCAGGUGGUACCUUCGCCGUCGCACCCGGCGCUUCUCUACCCGGAGCAAGAGAACCCGGCUCCGCAGGAGGCCUGCGACGACGACGUUGACAUGGGGACGCCGGCCGCCCGCGACAUACCGGAGGUCACUGACUUCGUCUGCGCGCGCGUCGACGACGAGUUCCAUGAAAAGCUGGAGAAGAAGGCGGAGGCGGUGGCGGAGGAGGAAGCCUCUGACGUCGUCAUCUACGGCGACGACGCGACGGCGCCAAGGCGCCGGCUGACGCGCGCCGGGAAGCCCGUGGUGCUGUACCUGACCAGCCUCCGCAGCGUGCGGCGGACGUUCGAGGACUGCCGCGCCGUGCGCGCCAUCCUGCGGUGCUACCGCGUGCGCCUGGACGAGCGCGACGUGUCCAUGCACGCCGCCUUCAGGUCGGAGCUGCGCGACCUCCUCGGCGACGGCUUUGAUGGCCCGCGCUCCCGCGCGUGUUCGUAG